AUGUCUAUGCCAAGUCUUACUCAUUAUCAAUCUUUAGGAGUUUCCCCUGCGACUUCCUUUGAUGAAAUCAAAAAGGCUUACAAGAAGUUAUCUUUGAAAUAUCAUCCCGACAAAACGCCAUUGCAAGCUCACCACGAAAAGUUUAAAGAAAUAACCACUGCUUACGAAAUCAUCAGGGCCCAUCAUGAAAACAAAGUUUCUAAUAAUUACCAAGAAACAUCUUCUACAGCUUCCUCUACAACAAACUAUCACGCCUCAUCUCAAUAUUAUAGCUAUACAAGUACAAAAAACUAUGCCUCUAGUGGCGAGUCUCAUAGCAGACAUUGGGAACAGGGCUCGUCCACUUCUGGUAGUGCUCGAGGGAACCCUUACACAACAGGCCAGCAUCAACAAUGGUCGCAAUCUCAAUCGCAAUCCUCAUCCACAUAUAGCUAUUACCAUUUUUUCCAAAAGUCACAGGAACAAAAAAGACAAGCAGCCAAAGCUGCUGCUGCACAAGCGGAGCGUUUACAACAGGAAAUGUAUGAACGAGUUCAGGCAGAGGCAAAAUUAAGAAAAAAGGAAUCGCAAAGACAAAAGCAAAAGCAAAAGCAAAAGGAUGAAGGAAUGGCUAAGAAGACUGAUGAGCUGCAGAAAACACAGGGCAAGACCUCGCAAACAAGAAAGGAAUCUUUACUGCGACAAGAUCAAAAUGGUUCAGAGGGCACUAGGUCGAGUAACAAGAAACCAAAUAUGCCAGAUUUAGAACCAGAAACUGACUCUUUGUCAUCGUCUUCCUCAGAACCAGAUCCAGCUCCAGCUCUAGCACGAGAUGUACCUUCAGAAACAAAUCCAGAUAAAGACUGUGAUAAUGGAUAUAAUGCAGCAAAGGAAGCAAGGAGAAGCAAAAUAGAAGCGGCAGAAAUUGCAAAUGAGUUUUUGAGACGAGCGCAUGGUUUGUAUAGUGAAGAUCCGGAAAAUUUACAGCAACAUUCAAACAAGAGAGAUUUUAGUUCUGGAAGUGAGGACAAGUUCAAAAGAAAGCAACAAAAAGUUGAAAAAAACGCAAAACGAGGAAUUCGUCAAGAAACGAAGCAACUGCCGUCGGCUCUGCAUAAAAGUAGAAAAAACUUUGAUCGUUUAGAUGAUCAAAAGUUUCCCAUUCUUGAAACACCAAACCAUUUCGUUGAAGACAAUGAAGCACAAGGGAACAUGGAGCUAGACGCGGAUGUAGAUGCAGACUUACAUGGGGAUGUGGUUGUGGUUGUGGAUGUGGAUGUGGAUGUGAGUCGGGAUAAAGAAAAUAUCGUGCCAUUGAAUUCUCACUUUGAAUCAGGGUAUAAAUUAAAUGAAACUGGUAAAAUCAACAAGUUGAGUCAGGGUGACGAUAUUCCGGAAACAACUCGAAUCGACUUGACUAAUUUAUCGGAUGAUUCGCAUGAUGAGUAUGUCCCGUUCAAUGUUAAAACUCGACAACCACCACCUAGGGCUAGUGCGGUUUCGACAUCACGAAAGCCCAUAGACCAGAGCAAGACUUCGUCUAAGCUCCAGCCGCCUAAACUGAUUCUGCCUCUGCCUCUGCCUCUGCCGCUGCUACUGCCACUGCAGCUGCUGCAACUGUAUCGUCAAACCCAACCUAAUCAACAUCCUCAAAUCUCUCCCUUGUCGAAACCUGCCAAGUCACCCUCUAUGCUGGCACACAAGCGGCAAAAAUUCACUGUUUCCGAUACUCCCUCUGCUUUUGAUAUGGAAAAUCUUGGUGAAAACUUAGGCCGAGAAUUUGAAGAUGUGGAUAUACACGAAUUGCGCGAAUCCUUGCCAAUUGAGCGGGACCAUGAUAAAGGUGAAGGACACAACAAUAAUAACAAUAAUAACAAUAACAAUUACAUGAACGACGACGACGAUCACGAUCACGAUAAUAUUAACGACAUUGGCCGUCGAAAAGUACACAAUAAAGUGAACGCUCAUAGAAAAUUACAACCACUGGAGAUAGAAUUUGUUUAUAGCAAUGGAAGAUCUCAGCCAGAAACAUUGUCAACCCCAAUAAACAAAACCACUGUUCGUGGUCACACUCCUGUUUCCCCAGGGACUAAGAGGCAAAAAUUGAACGAGCUAGACUUACAUGCAUCGCCUGAGGUCCAAAAUUUGAUGGCUCCAAAACCGCCAAUGGCCAACUUCGAUCCUACUACAAUAACCAAAAGCAAAUGGCAGCGAUACGUAGCCUCGAUGCUUGAUUAUCAAAGAUCUUUUUUGGCAUAUAAGCAAUUGAUUGUUCAGUACCAAUACGAAAGGACGGGAAAAGAUGCACAGUUUUUUGAACUUAUCAAUGACAUUUCCUCUGGUUUAACUAAUUUGAAUACUUAUAACAUGUGCAUAAGACAAGAUUUGGAAGUUAUGCAACAAUAUGAGACUGCUUUACGAGUGUUUCUGCAAACCAUGAACCUCUACGCUCAGAACUGUCAUUGGAUUGGAAUAUACAAAAAGAAUGAUCUCAACUGGACUUGA